CAUUCAGAUCAUCUCGCGAUAUCUGGCAGGCCGGGGCCGGCCUUCCGGGCCUGGAACCCGCGGCCGGCUCUCGCGAGACUUGCCUGGAGUCGGAGCGGGGGGGCCCGACCUUAAGAAAAGCGGGAGCUGCGGGUGGGGAACAUGUCGGAUUCAGAGCUCGGCAGGAAGUGGGACCGGUGCAUGGCGGAUACGGUCGUGAAGAUAGGUACUGGUUUUGGAUUAGGACUUGUUUUCUCACUUACCUUCUUUAAAAGAAGAAUGUGGCCAUUAGCCUUUGGUUCUGGCAUGGGAUUGGGAAUGGCCUACUCCAACUGUCAGCAUGAUUUCCAGGCUCCAUAUCUUCUACACGGAAAAUACGUCAAAGAGCAGGAGCAGUGACUUGCACCUGAGAACAUCCCAGUGGGAGGAAAAGAGAAAUCAUGUUUAUUCCUCAGGAAUACUGAAGUGCCCUGGAGUAAGCUGACAUUCUUCUGUAACAAUGUUAUCAGUAACGCUUUAAACUCCAGCACACUGUUUAUGUAUUUGAAACGAAGUCUGUUUCUUGUUUUGUAUUUUCUCUCUGGAAAUUGCAAGGAGAUGGUCUUAAAAGAAAUAAAUUAAAAAUAGGCAGCCCAGUGCAUCGCCUGCGUUUCUUUGCCUGUGGUCUUUGAGCCUCGGGCCGACUGUAUUUGUGCUGCCAGCCGCUGUAACCUCCUGGUCCCCGCCACGCAGAGCCUUCCCGAAACCACAGCCGUUGUGCGUCCCACCCCCCUCGUCCCCUUAUGGGUAGUGUUCGGAACUGCAUCCACCUCACUCGGUGCUUGGAGCGUCUGCUGACGAUGACAGACGUCUUGAGGAGCCUCGCCUUUGCCGUAGCAGCUCCUUAGGAUCCGUGUGUCCUUCUCACCAGUAGGCCCGGCGGGGCACGUUUCAGCCGCACCUGCUGCACGAGGGCAGGGCUUCUGUGGGGAAGGGUAUGCAUGCGGGUGGCGUCCACGGCUCCCUCCAUCCAUGGCACGGUGUCUUGCAGCUUCGGGGGGCGGGGAGGUGUGUGCUUCGCCCUGGGGGGUGGGGCGAGCUCAUGGUGUACCCACCCGGCUCGAAGGCCACGUUUGGAGGUGAUUUUAUCUUCACACAGCAGCUGAAGGUUGAGGACAGAGGGGCUGCUUCUCAUGCCCCUCA